AUGGCACAGAAUCGUUGCAAGAAACUAGGCUUCAAUAAUUGUGAGAUUGUCGACUCAGACGGAUUACAUGGUGGCAUUUGGAUUGCUUGGGAUGACGUGGGCUUCAACAUCUCUAUAGUUAAAAAAUCUAAUCAAUUUAUCCACGUGCUAGCAGAAAAAGGCAAUGAGAAGUUAUUUAUUACUUCAGUAUAUGCUAGCACAAAUGUAAAUUGUAGAAGACAACUUUGGGAAGAGAUCUCAGAUAUUCAACCAACUGAAGACUGGCCAUGGAUUGUUGGAGGAGAUUUUAACGCAACUCUUUACCAUCGAGAUCGUAGAUCGAACGCGAAUAAUCCCAUCUCAGUGGAUAGAGAUUUUGUCAGAUGGUUUGAAAAUUUGCAGCUUAAUGACUUAGAAUGUGUUGGCCCUUAUUUUACUUGGCACGGGGAAGGUGUGGAAAGUCGUAUUGAUCAAGUGGUGGCUAAUAAUAUGUUUAAGGAGAGAUACACUGAUGCCUCCAUCAAGCACUUACCUUGGUUUAAAUAA